UUUUCGCAGGCGGAGCUCCGUCCUCGCGCACCAUUGGAAUUCACUGUCUGUUUUCUUCAGAUUGCUCCAGAUUGCAGGGAAGAGGACGCUAGCCUCGUGAGCAAGCAGAUGUGAGCUGGACUACACAUCAGCAAAGAUCCAGCUGUAAAAUUGACAGAAACCUGCGAUUGUGUUAAUAUGUGGCAGCCCGCGACAGAGCGUUUGCAGCACUUCCAGACAAUGCUGAAGACCAAACUCACCGUUCUGACCCUGAAGAAGGAGCCCCUGCCGACGGUGAUAUUCCAUGAGCCGGAGGCCAUUGAACUCUGCUCCACCACGCCGCUGGUGAAGAACCGGGCCCACACAGGCUACAAGGUGACGUACCUGGGCAAGGUGACAAUCGCGGGAUCACAGUUCCUCUCAGGGUGCACUGAGUCAGCAGUGAUUGGGCUGUGGGAGCGCCGGGCGCCGGCCCAGGAGGCCUUCAUCCCCGCCAACGCCGUCUUGGAGAUCCGCCCCUUCCAGGUGAGGCUGCACCACCUGGACGAGCGUGGCGAGGCCACCGUCGCCAUGGACACCUACCAGGUAGCGCGCAUCGCCUACUGCACGGCCGACCACAACGUCAGCCCCAACAUCUUCGCCUGGAUCUACCGCGAGAUCAACGACGACCUGACCUUCCAGAUGGACUGCCACGCGGUGGAGUGCGAGAGCAAGCUGGAGGCCAAGCGCCUGGCCCACUCUAUGAUGGAGGCCUUCCGCAAGACCUUCCAGAGCAUGCGCAGCGACGGGCGCAUCCACAAGAGCUGCUCCUCCGACGAGUUUCCCGAAGACUCCACCCCCGAUGACGGCUGAGCCCCCAGCCCUGCCCCGUGGAAGCAGGGACCCCAAGCGCUCUCUGGACCAACACAGACAAACACCCACUGACCAACACAAAUCAAUAAUGACUGAUCGAAGCAGAACAGUAAUAACUGGUGAAGGAAGGAUAUGGGGGUAGGUUAUGGGGAAAAGUAGAUGAAAUAAAAAAACACAACUUUAAUAAACAGACCAAACAAAAAGGAAGUCGUUCUCUCUCUGCCACUUUUGUAAACAGCCUCCCCACGUCCUCACGGCCGGUCGAGCGCUUAUAGAUAUGCCUCAUUAAGACAUCUGCUUUGUUAAGACAAUUACACUCCUGCUCAAUGCUGCUGGUUGCUCUGGCUGUGUGAGGAAAGGCUUUUCUUAAUGACCCUCUCGUGUCUUUUCACCUGGUCAAACCUUGGACCCCUGUCUCCACCUCUGAGUCUCUGGGAGUGUUGUCCCUCAAUGACCCCACCCACUGAUAUUCGAGGACAUUCAGCUGGCAGGAAGCUGUGAAGACUUGGCAGGGGAUGUGGGUCGUAACAGACCCAGUCUUUCUUACAUCACUUCCUGGUUUCCUGUCUCAGAACAUCAGACUCAUAGUGUUUGCGCAUGUCUGCAGUCAGCAGUGUGGGCUUUAAAGACGAUGUGUGUUUCUGUAUCUGUCUGUAAGGAUUUUAUCACUUUAUUCUUAUAUAGCCCACAGCCAGGCUGACAGAUCAUGUAUCCUGUAUUUGAUUUUUUUUCUUUAACUGACCAAAUGUAAAUGAAAGCUUAGCUGGUCCCCUACCACAUAUCUGCUCAUUUCCUCUGCUCUCUGAGCUGGUCUCAUCAUUCCUGAACAAAGUCCUGCAGUCAAUCAUCCUCCCUGCACAUUGCUGUUGUGUAACCUUCUCACAGUGUCAUAGGAACGUUGUGAGCAAGUAACGUGUAACCUUUAUAGGGAGUAGCCUCAAAGGGACAAAAAGUGAGUUUAGAUGUGGAGGUGGGGAUAUGGUGGGUGGGGGUGGGGGAGAGUGUUACAUGCCGUGGCACUGUUGCUGGGGUCUGUCAGAGAGAGGGACCAGUAAUUUUAUUAUUGUGCUGCUUUUUUAGAUGAAGGCGAUAGGUAGGGCGUUAAGAGCCCACCUCUGUGGCCAGAGCUGAGAGUUUAAAGGAGAAGAGGAGAGGAGAGUCAGAGAGACUGAGGCCCCAUGGCUGCCCGUCCUCUGUAGGCUGUAUGAUUGUUUCUUGUGCCGCAAGCUCAGUUCUUAUUUUCAGUACCUGUCUCUUUUCUGUCAGUUUCAUUUUUUUUUUACAUUUCAACAGCAGGUUUUCGAAUCUGUUGUGUGGACAGGAAUAUAAAGGGAAUGUUUCUCAUUUUAAUUUGAUGCUGAUUUAAUGAGUUUGUGUCUCUGAUACUCAGUUUGGGCUGCCUCUGAACGGCCAACAGGAGUCAAUCGAUUUGUGUGGGAGCAAGAGUUUAUCACCAUAUCAGGUGACCAUUAUGAAUUAGACUGCAGUUUUGCAGAACAAUCCUUGAUGAAUUUCCUGUGAAGGAAGCUGAAUAUAGAGGGCACAGGUCAGUUUGUAUUUCUAAAAUCAUUCAAUAAGCUUAUGUAAAUACAAAUGUAUCUGUUUCCAAAUAUUACAACAUAAAUGUUUAUAGCUAUUUUGAAUAAACAACAAGCAACGAAAACAGUGUUUAAUCGCCAGCUGUGAAUAUGUAGAAAAUCCUGUAGUGCUGGAAUUUCAAGUUGAAGUUGAAGCCUUAGCUGUUUGUGGGAAUAAUAGCCUAA